AUGGACGAGCAGUGGAUGAUCGGGCAGACUUCCCUCAGCCUUAGCCUCAACGUCGGCGGGCCUACGGCGCGGCGAGGUGCCCCUCCGGUGAGCAAGGUCCUCGUGGAGGAGGACUUCAUGUCCUCCAGGAAAAAUCACGAGGUCGAGGCACUGGAGGCCGAGCUCCGGCGAGUGGGCGAGGAGAACAGGAGGCUCAGCGACAUGCUUCGCGCGCUGGUGGCCAAGUACGCCGACCUGCAGGGCAAGGUCAGCGGCAUGAUGGCGGCGGCCAACAACCACCACCAGUCGUGGACGACAUCGGAGGGCGGCUCCUCGGCGUCGGCGAUCAGAAAGCGCCCCCGCAGCGACAGCCUCGACACGGCCAGCCGCAACCCUUCGCCUCCGCUCACCGCGGCCGGCAGCAGCGGCCGCUUGGCCGUCAGCGUCACCGUUGGCCCCGACCAGGCGGAGUGCACGUCCGUCCAGGAGCCCUGCAACAGCAAGCGCGUCCACGCCGACGAGGUCAAGGCCAGCAGGGUCUCCAAGCUCUACGUCCACGCCGAUCCCUCCGACCUCAGCCUCCAGGUCGUGAAGGAUGGGUACCAAUGGCGGAAAUACGGGCAGAAGGUGACCAAGGACAACCCGUGCCCGAGGGCCUACUUCCGGUGCUCGUUCGCGCCGUCGUGCCAGGUGAAGAAGAAGGUGCAGCGCAGCGCCGAGGACAAGACCGUGCUUGUCGCCACGUACGACGGCGAUCACAACCACGCACCGCCGCCCAAGCAACAAAGUUCUAGUAGCAGGAAGAGCGGCGACGCAGCCGCCGUCCGCGUAUCAGCUGCGCCGGUGCUUGCCCAGCAGCAGCGGAAGCAGGAAGCUUCGACGGCGGAGCAGGUGGCCGAUAGGAAGAACCUGGUGGAGCAGAUGGCGGCGACACUGACGAGGGACCCCGUGUUCAAGGCGGCACUCGUCUCGGCGCUCUCUGGUCGGAUCCCUGUUGCUUGA